AUGCCUCGACCAGGCAGUCUCAAAGACCCUGAUAUAGCAGAAUUAUUCAGUAGACAUGAUCCUGAGAAGAUCUUUGAAGAUCUACGAGAAAUUGGCCAUGGAUCCUUUGGUGCAGUGUACUAUGCUCGCUGCAAUCUCACUAAAGAGAUUGUUGCCAUUAAAAAGAUGUCAUAUUUGGGAAAACAAAGUGAAGAAAAAUGGCAAGAUAUUCUUAAAGAGAUUAAAUUUCUUAAGCAAUUGGAUCAUCCUAAUACAAUUGAAUACAAGGGCUGUUACAAGAGGGAGCAUACAGCAUGGCUAGUGAUGGAGUACUGUGUUGGCUCAGCUUCUGACAUUAUUGAGGUGCACAAGCGACCACUACGCGAAGAAGAAAUAGCUGCAAUAUGUGAGGGGGUAGUAUGUGGUUUAUCUUACCUACACAGCCUCGGUCGAAUACAUCGCGACAUCAAAGCGGGAAAUAUUCUUCUUACGGAGAAUGGAACUGUAAAGCUCGCUGACUUUGGAAGCGCCAGCAUUAAAUGCCCGGCCAAUAGUUUUGUAGGCACGCCCUAUUGGAUGGCCCCAGAAGUUAUUUUAGCCAUGGAUGAGGGGCAGUAUGAUGGAAAAGUGGAUGUAUGGUCACUUGGUAUAACAUGUAUCGAGUUGGCGGAGAGAAAACCGCCAUAUUUUAACAUGAAUGCCAUGUCAGCACUUUAUCACAUUGCGCAGAAUGACUCCCCAGCUCUGUCGGCACCGGAAUGGACGGACACAUUCCGCUACUUCGUCGAGGCGUGUCUUCAAAAGAAUGCCCAAGACAGGCCAUCUUCCACCAGGCUUCUUUCGCAUCCUUAUAUUACGAGGCCACGUUCACCAACUGUCCUGGUUGACUUGAUACAAAGGACAAAAGCCGCUGUAAGGGAUUUAGAUAACCUGAACUACCGCAAGAUGAAGAAGAUUCUCAUGGUUGAUGGAGAUAAUGAAAGUGCAAUAGGAGACAGUGAAGAAGCGCCCGAGGAGCCAUCGGGUGGUGAUAGUUCUAAGUCAAACUCUGCUACAUCGGAACAUAGUGCGGCAGGAGCCUCCAGCCAGAGCUCAUCCUCCGGUAGUCUUAGGAGAAGACCUCAUGCUAUGAAUGCGAAUCAUCAGAAUCAACAACAGCCUGUGUAUCAGCAAUAUAAUCACCAACCAUGUCAUCAAUCGAGAGCACGUACAAUCGCACGCAAACGCGCACGUAAAUGGUAUAAUUCAUGUUGGUGUGUACGCAGAGACGAUUCGGCCGACGACUACGUCAAUCGGGACGUGCUUCGGGACUACGCUAACCGCGAUUCCCUCGGCGAUGAGGGUUAUAGCGAUGACUACGCGAAUAGAGAGGCUAUUAGGGAAGCCCAACGCGAGAGGGAGAGGGAGAGGCAGGCGAACGAGUAUCGGGAGUACGUGAAUGCGCCGUCCACGUGGCACGACACGGGAGAUGAUAACCGCAACACGCAGCGGCGGCAGACGCAUAGGGGAGUUAGUAAUAACGUGUCUGCUGCAAUAUCGUUGAUAUCGGAACACGGCGCAAAUAACUUUGCAACCAUACGGACUACCAGUAUUGUUACCAAACAACAGAAGGAACAUAAUCAGGAGAUGCAUGAACAAAUGUCAGGCUACAAGCGCAUGCGUCGUGAGCAUCAAGCUGCUCUCUUGAAGCUCGAAGAGCGAUGCAAGGCAGACGUAGACGCUCACAAGGCCCAACUCGAUCGGGAAUACGAUGCCUUGUUACAACAGCUCUCUAGAGAUCUAGAACGAUUGCAGACUAAACACGUGCAAGAACUGGAGCGUAAGCAAAAACAGAACGCAGCUGCCGAGAAGAAAUUGGAACUCAGUAUGGAUGACGCGACGCCUAAGAGACAGAGGGAUGCGACCUUACAAUCGCAGAAGGAUAACAUGAAGCAAGCAGAAGCUGCCGACGAGGCCCGAAUGGUGCGCUCGCAGCGGGAGUACCUCGAGCUGGAGCUUCGUCGGUACAAGCGUAGGCGCAUGCUGGCUCUGCACCAUAAGGAGCAGGAACUGCUCAGAGAGGAACUAAAUAAGCGCCAACAUCAGCUAGAGCAAGCGCACGCAAUGCUUCUACGUCACCAUGAGAAGACGCAAGAGUUGGAAUAUAGGCAACAAAAGGGUGUUCAUGCUUUGAGAGAGGAACAGUUAUCAAACCAACACGCAACGGAACUUGCAAACCAGCGUGAUUACAUGCAGCGAGCGGAACAUGAACUUCGCAAGAAGCAUGCGCUGCAGCUCAAACAACAACCCAAGAGUCUUAAGCAAAAAGAAAUGCAGAUCCGAAAGCAAUUCCGAGAGACGUGCAAAAUACAGACGCGUCAGUACAAAGCUCUCAAGGCGCAGAUAUUACAGACGACGCCAAAGGAACAACAGAAAGAGGUGAUCAAAUCCCUGAAAGACGAGAAACGACGCAAGCUGGUGUUGUUGGGGGAGCAAUACGACCAGAGUAUUAGUGAGAUGCUGCAAAAGCAGACGGUGCGACUCGAUGAGAGCCAAAUGAUGGAGUGUCAGCAGCUCAAGAUGCAGCUUGAGCAUGAGUUAGACAUGUUGAGUGCUUAUCAGAGUAAGAGCAAGAUGCAGGCAGAAGCACAGCGCAACAGGGAGAGACGGGAACUCGAGGAGAGAGUCGCCGUGAGACGCGCCUUGUUGGAGCAAAAGAUGGAGUCUGAGUGUGCGCAGUUCCUAGCAGAGCGCGGUGAGCGCACGCGCAUGUUGCACGAGCGACACGAGAGGGAACUUGAACAGUUUGACAGCGAGAGCGCUCGUCUUGGCUUCAGUGCAAUGGCAAUAGCAGAAGGCAGCCGAGAAGGUUACGGUGAAGAAGAGCAGUCUCUUUCGGGUUCCAUGCUCUCCCUCGCGCACAGCAACUCUUCAGCCAGCUUCCCGGCCGGAUCGCUGUAA